AAAAAAAAAAAAGAAAAUCCAAAGGUAGGCAGAGAGCAGAGCAGAAAGCUGAUUUUGCUUCCAUGGAGAUGGCAACUAUUCUUCACUCUUCUCUCCCUAGUCUCCCAUUCCACAAUCCUGUUUUGCACCCAAAAUUCCCACACUCUUUCUCCACAAAAAUCGACCGACGGACUUCUCUUUUCUCUCAAAGUCUCACAAUUUCUCGUCCUCCCCCUCGAAAAUCUCUCUCCACCAACUGCUCUGUCUCUGAUGACACAGCUUUCACAACAAAGGUUGCUACUGUGGAUCCCUCUAUUGCUUUGAAGAAGAAAGCAAUGGAUAUAUCCGCUGAUCUGAGAGGAACUUCUAUAUUUCUUGUGGGGAUGAACAACUCCAUUAAAUCCAGUUUGGGGAAACUGCUAGCAGAUUUAUUACGAUAUUAUUACUUUGAUAGUGAUGCUUUGGUCUCGGAAGCUGCUGGGGGUGAAUCUGCUGCCAUAUCCUUAAAGGAGAGUGAUGAGAAAGGAUUCCGGGGGUCUGAGACUGAAGUUCUGAAGCAGUUAUCAUCCAUGGGUAGACUAGUGGUGUGUGCUGGUGAUGGUGCAGUUCAAAGUUCAACUAAUUUGGCACUUCUAAGGUAUGGCAUCUCGAUAUGGGUUGAUGUGCCCUUGGACAUGGUAGCCAAGGGAAUAAUUGAAAAGAAGAGUCAACUUUUGUCAUCAGAAAUAGUGAAUUCUGGAUCUUAUUCUGAGGUUUUGUCCCAGCUAACAGCUCUUUAUGAAGACAUGAGAAGUGGAUAUGCCACGGCUGAUGCAACUGUUUCCAUUCAAAAAGUAGCAUAUCAGCUAGGUUACGAGGACAUGGAUGUAGUGUCAAAAGAAGACAUUACUAUGGAGGUUCUCAAGGAGAUAGAGAGACUUACAAGAGUAAAAAAGAUGAUGGAAGAAGCAGCUAGACCAUUUUAACCAACAGGGAAUAUGUUUUCAUCACUCAUAAUGUUUUCUACGCAACUUACCUCAUAAAAUUUUUGUAUGAACAGAUUUUGCUGCGGUGUUUGUCUUUGGUACUCUUUUAAACUCAUUUUUUUAGCUUGUUACAGUUUAGGUUUAAAGUUUAGAAGAUGCUAUGAUGAUCUGUAUAGAUAAACAUGCCAGAAGACUACAGGGUGAUUUGUUCAUAUUACAAUGGUCCAUGGCAAUCUGCAAGGCAAUGCUACUAUCAUGUCUGUUGCCAUGAACCAUUGUAGAAUUGAAGUACUGUAUGCUGUAUUUUUCUCCAAUUUGAACCCAAUUCUCUGUACUGCACUAAUCGCAAUGAAAUGCAUUGUGUGAACCUAAUUUCUA